UUUUUUUUUUUCCGAGUUCUGAGUGCUGACGAGGCAGCCUCCCUCUCUAGCCUCCACCUUGCCCCUCGGAGACAGGCAUGGCUCUGCUCUUCGCAGUGGGCUGCGUCUUCUUCCCGUCGCUCUUUACCCUCCUCUGCUGGGGCCUAGAGAACCACUCCAACCUGCAGAUGGAGAGACUGGAAGCUGUUCUGGUGGCGUCCAAGCUAGUGUCCUCUGUCCAAGCCGUCAUGGCCUCCACAGCUGGCUACAUCGUCUCCACCUCCUGCAAGCACAUCAUUGAUGACCAACACUGGCUUUCCUCUGCCUACACACAGUUUGCAGUGCCCUACUUCAUCUACGACAUCUAUGCCAUGUUUCUCUGUCACUGGCACAAGCACCAGGUCAAGGGGCAUGGAGGGGACGAAGGAGGGGCCCGGGCCCCAGGCAGCAUGUGGGCUGUGGCGCGCGGCUACCUGCACAAGGAGUUCCUCAUGGUGCUCCACCACGCCGUCAUGGUGCUCGUGUGCUUCCCGCUGUCGGUGGUGUGGCGUCAGGGCAAGGGAGACUUCUUUCUCGGCUGCUUGCUCAUGGCAGAGGUCAGCACGCCCUUCGUCUGCCUUGGCAAGAUCCUCAUCCAGUACAAGCAGCAGCACACGCUGCUGCACAAGGUGAACGGCGCCCUGAUGCUGCUCAGCUUCCUCUGCUGCCGGGUGCUGCUCUUCCCCUACCUGUACUGGGCCUACGGGCGGCACGCGGGGCUGCCGCUGCUCGCCGUGCCGCUCGCCAUCCCGGCGCACGUGAACCUGGGCGCCGCGCUGCUGCUCGCGCCCCAGCUCUACUGGUUCUUCCUCAUCUGCCGCGGGGCCUGCCGCCUCUUCUGGCCCCGGAGCUCCCCGCCGCCCUCUCCCGCUCAGACCCAGGACUGA